AUGGCUAUACGCGACAAAGACUUCAUACAGUGGCCUAAAUCCAUGCGAGCCGAGGCCGGCCGAAGGGACCCAAUCAAGUCCUGUCAGUACCAUCAGAUACAUGGUCACAACACCAAUAGUUGCUACCAGCUAAUAAACAAAAUAGAAAGACUCAUCAAGAGGGGGCACCUCAGGAACUCCGUGAAAAAACCAGAGGGAAAGAGGCCUCAGCAAAAUGCAGUGGUGGAGAGACCUUGCAGACAGGGGGCAGGGCCUGUGAAUGACGGCUACAGCGAGACGAUUAAAAUGAUCGUGGGGGGAACUAGAGGACGGAUGAGUAGGAGAGGAAAAAAGAGGAACCGAAGCAGAGAGGGGAGCAGCAAUGAAGUCAUGCAAAUAGUGGAACACUCUCCGAUGACCAUCUCUUUUUCCCCUGAAGAUGCUCAUGGAAUUCAAAUGCCUCAUGAUGAUGCCCUAGUCAUUGAGGCCGUCAUUCACAACUUCCGGAUCCACAAGAUCCUGGUGGAUGAUGAGAGUAAAGUAAACCUGCUACCCUACAGAGUCUUUCAACAUAUGAACAUUCUAGAGAAACAGCUGGUUAGAGACCAGACCCCAGUUAAGGGGAUAGGGGGAACCCGUGGCGGUGAAAGGAAAGAUAAAGGUGGCCUUGACACUGAGAGAACCACCCAUGUUGCGCACCCACUAUGCGAUAUUCCUUAUGGUGAAACUGCCCUUGAGCUACAAUACCACACUGGGAAGACCGGUGCUAUAUGA